CCACGAUACGGCGGAGACACGAUGGAAUCUUUUGCUUUGGCCGCACAGCAUUCGGGUGCCAUCAAUCACCACCACACCGUUUCCUUCAACUCCUCCGCGGUCGAUGCGCUGAAAGAGGUCAAAUUGAUCGUUUCUGUCGUGGUCGUAGGCUGGAUCGCGACUACCGCUUUGAGAGGAUUUCUGUUCAAGAGCAACGAUAAGGCAUAGCGGGACUCUGUGUAUACAUACAACCAACGAAAGACGAGACAUUGAUCACGAGCAAUCAUUGCAGAGCAUUGAUACCGAGUGUUGGAUAGUCGCAAUCGCUAUUGAACAAACCCAUCGCUACCCUCCACCACCUUCCAUCGAUUCUGUGCCCGAGCACAUCUCACACCACAUCGAAUCGUGUGCACGCGACAUUGAGAAAGAUGACACUCCCACGAUUACCUCAGUCACUCGCAUGGCUGGUGUUCGCUACCCUCGUCUCCGCCGUUGACCGCUUCGCUGCGCCAAUCGAUAGCCUUUCGUUCGGCCAUAAAGGCGACUUCACACCAGGAGCCACAAUCUCUGGCUGGCACGCAGCCAGCGUAAACCACGAUUUGCACGUCACUCGAGAUCGUGUCAUCCUCACACCGCCGUGGCCCGGCCAGACGAAGGGUGCGAUCUGGUCAGACCAGAGCAUCGGGCAGGUCAACGACUGGACAGCACAGCUCGAAUUCCGAGCAUCAGGUCAAGAGGUUGGCUCCGGAAAUCUGCAGCUGUGGUACACCCACGGAUACGACACCCUGCAUGCAGACAGUGUCUACAACGCGGGGAAGUUCGACGGCCUCGUCAUUGUGGUCGAUCAAUAUGGAGGCUCUGGCGGCAAGAUUCGAGGUUUCCUGAACGACGGUUCUGUAGAUUACCGCUCAUCUACAUCGCUCGAGUCACUGGCAUUCGGGCACUGCGAUUAUAGUUAUCGCAAUUUGGGAAGACCCAGUAAACUCAAGAUUACGAGCAGGGGAGGCCUUACAGUGUCCAUUGACGAUAAAACAUGCUUCUCUUCCGACAAGAUCUCUUUGCCAACUGGCGACUACUUCUUUGGUAUCACUGCUACUACUGGAGAGAAUCCAGAUUCCUUCGAGGUCACCAAGUUCGUUGUGAGCAGUGGAGGAGAUCCAGUAACAGGCGGACAGCAAGGCUACCCAGGCAACACAGCUCAACAACCCAUUCAGGGGCAGCAGCAGCAACAGCAGCAGAACCCGCCUCAGAUCAAAAAGAUGGACAGCAUGCCAGGCGCACCAGAGAUGCUCCCUGAUCGGGAUGCAGACCAAAUCAAGUCGCAAACCGAGCAGUUCGCCGACUUGCACAAUCGCGUGCAAGGCCUCACUCACCAGAUGGGCACUGUCUAUUGGGAGAUCAAGAACUUGGCGGACAAGAUUGAUUCAAAACACUUGGACACCGUGAGCAAGAUCAACAAUGUUGGUGCUAGCAGAGAUACUGGGCUGCCACCGGAGACGGUUGGCAAGAUCAAUGCUUUGCACGACCGCGUGUCGAGCAUUGAGUCGAUCGUCAACAUCAUUCGCGACGAUAUCGAGGGCAGAGACUACAAGCAGUCUCUUGACGAGCUGCACAACGCUAUGUCGUUCCUGCACUACAACUUCCACGACCAUUUGGAGCCAAAAAUGGAAAAAGUUAUCAAAACCCAUGGUCCGAGCACCUCACAAAUGGUUCUUACCAUCAUCGGCUUCCAGUGCCUGAUGGUGCUGUUCUACGCAUUGUACAAGAGGCAGAGACACAGUCAGCCAAAGAAGUACUUGUAGAUGGAGCCUCUGGCUGAUCAUGGACAGCGUUUAGUUAGCGUGCAUGCCACACUACAGAUGGGGUGAGAAAAACCGUCGCAUACUGAACAGCUUCGAUGGGGACAAUUGUAUGAAUGGACACCUUUGAUAGACGUGGUUGUUUGGUUACGUGGCAUGAGGCGAUGGCAAGGACAUGGGGGUAAAUGUAAUUGUGCGAAUGCGAAUGCGCGUGGGACAUUGUAUGUUUGUUAUUAGUAUGCAAGCUGCUUAAUGUAAGCAUGGCUUUUGUGAAGAUGUGCCUGGUCUCGGCACUGCAAGACGAUGUCAACACACGUCGCACAGGAACAGCUC